CCUAUAACUCAUUUUUGGCAACAAGCAAGGAUAUUUUAAGUGUAACUUUCGAACUUGAAGCAGCCCACGACAAGUCAGAAAGCGUUGGAACGAGUCGUGUGAAAUCAGUUCAUACACCUUUAUAUAAAAUAUAUAACUUAUCAGUGUACUAAUAUAUAACUACAGGAUACAUAAGGCUAGCGCUUAUGUCUCUUCACUCGAGCCCCGAACGUAUGAUAAAAAUGGCAGACAGCACAGAUGUUUUAGAAGUGAUCCGCAAAGACCCUUCUUCUGAAAUGCCUUCAAUGACCAUCAAUGCGUCUGGGCUACCAGCUGCCCAAAAAAAUGAAGACAAAGAAAAAGAUAAAGUUAUAUUAUGUCCAUGUAAAGCUGCCAUAGACGCGGAACGUGAACAGAAACAUGCUGAAGAAUUAAAAAAAAAGUUAAGUGAAAAAGAAAUUGAAAUGGAGGAAAAAAUGCAGGCGAGGCUCAAGAAUGAGGUGGAACAUUUAAAAGAUCGAUUUGAAUUCAUUUUGCAUAAUGAACAAGUGAGGACUUCGUACAUGCUAAGGGAAGCACACAGAGAGCGUAAAGAGAAAAUAUCGGCUCUUCAAACCCAGCUGGAGUGCAAGAACUUGGCUGGUUUGAUGUACAUCAUGUGCUCCGAAAGACGGAAGAGUAGACUUGAAAAAAUGAAGUUAACUGAAGAAUAUACAAAUUACAUACAAGGCUUACAGAAUAUUUUAGCGGAGAGCCAAUCUCUCAUAUUGCGUCUCUCGCGAGGCUACAAAACUGCAGCUAGAGUUGAUUACGAAUGGCGUGGGAAGAUGAUGAAAGUUAUAAAACAUUUCCAAAAUUUCGUAAAUAAUUUCGUCGGAGGAACUCCAGAAGCAAACCAAUUCUUGCUCGAUUUACCAGCCUUGCUUAAGAUCGAUGCACCCAUAGAAGAUAAUCCCCAUGAAGAUCCAUGCGAGGACGAAGAAGUUCCCAUUGAAGAAGAAAUCGAACCUAGUAAGCAAUGGUGGGAGAUGAUGGACGAUGAUAAUCGACCGUUUCUCAUGUUUGGAGACAUGGCUGACCUUAAUCCACCGCAACGAAGAGAAGUAUUGAAAUCCAUAAAAGCAGCUAAAACAGCGCCUAAGAAGUGGAAGAAUUACGUUUUCAAUGACAUGUUCCUGAAAUCGAAAUGUCCACACUCGGAUGUCAUCAAGAAUGAAUAUUUGAAGCGAAUGCCAACACCCGGCAAGUGGGAGUGCACCCAAACAGAACAGCCUUUUUCGUAUGGAUCCGAAAUCAGCCGACGAGUAACUACCGCUUCUGUUGAUAUCCGGGGGAACAUGGGGUCUAUCUUAAAAUUGAUUACGUCAAAUGGAACACCACAAACACAUAAAAAUACACUGCUCGGAGCAAGAGAUUCCAUGGAAAUAGCAUCGACCACAAAAUUGAGGGAAAAGCAAAGACAGACGAUCGAUCAUGGAAAAGUUGUACUGAACAUUGGAAACAAAAUUGACUCAAUCUUCAAUGAAAUGUAUUCAGAAGUAGGACCAGAUCAUGAAGAGGUAGAAGAACAUGAACCAGUACCGAGGGAGUCUAAAAUAGAAGAUGAAGACGUCGGAGAUAAAUCAAUGUCAACUCUAGGAAGCGUCCAUAACGACAGCUUGCAAAUAAUUUCGCACGUACCAGAGCUUGAUCGCAAGAUUAAUUACGAAAAGAUUUGUCCAGUGAAGAAAUGUCAGAAGUUACAAGUGGACUCGUUCAUACGGAGUCUCCCCUCAUAUAUGCGCGCCAGUCCCUUCACACACAUCGAACAGACAUACGACGAAUACGAAGCUUGCUCGCCAGAACAACUGGAAAUACUGAAACGUAGAAUAGAAGAGAAGAAAAAGAGAGAAAAGGUUGAAUUCGACCUGACAGAAGUUAAUCCCCUAUUAUCCUGGACGCCCAGUCUAGAUGGAGUAGCUGUGCAGACUUCAGACAUAUCGAUGUCGUUGCCACCUUGCACGUGUCGAGUACCGAGUCCAUCACCAGCGUCAAGCACACAACACGUCUUUGCUAUGGCAGAUUUGAUUCCCGUAAAACAAAAAUUGAACAAAAUCGAAGCGGAAUGUUUCUUUGAUGAUAAUAUUGAGUUUAAUCGGUUCAAAGUUAUUGGACGAGAUGAGAGUAGAGACAAUACAUAUGAUAAGGUUAAGAAUUGUACCAGAAACAGAUUGCAAGAGAUCAAAACCAUAUUGAAACACCAUCCAAGCCUCUACGACAUAUUUCAAGCAAAUAUUCGUUGCUGAUAUACCAUUUUAAACGAAUUGAUAACCAAAAAAACAGC